CGCCUCGUCCCCGGUUGGUGCUUCCUUUUGGCGGCCGCGCCGUGUUGCCCCACGAGGAGGAGCUGGAAAAUGCAGAUCCCGGCACACGCACACGCGCAGGGCGGCAUAAGUCCACGAGCCGGAUUCCCCUCUUCGGAGACAGAAGAGAGAGGCAGGCGCAGAGCUCCCUCCCCGUCCCCUGGACCCCCCUCGCCCCACGGAGCCAUGAAGGCAGAGCCUGCGCCCCGAUGGAAGGCGGCCGGCCUCUUCCUGGUGGGGCUCCUCGCCUUGGCCUCCGCCUCCGACCCAGCCGUCUACACCAACCAUUUCUUGGUGGAGUUUCACCACGGGGGAGAAGCCCAAGCCGGCCAAGUGGCAGCAGCCUAUGGCUUCCACGGGGUCAGGAAGCUUCCCUUUGUAGAAGAUGGAUACCAUUUUUUUCAUAACGGCUUGGCCAAAGGUCGACGGCGGCGCAGUCUUCAGCACCAGCUUCGCUUAGAAAAAGAUCCCAGGGUGAAGAAAGCCGUGCAGCAGAUAGGUUUUGGAAGGAAGAAGAGAGGAUACAGAGAUAUCAAUGAAAUUGACAUCAACAUGAAUGAUCCCUUGUUCACAAAGCAGUGGUACUUGAUCAACACUGGGCAAGCAGAUGGGACUCCUGGACUCGAUUUGAAUGUAGCAGAAGCCUGGGAGUUGGGUUACACGGGGAAAGGAGUAACUAUAGGAAUUAUGGACGAUGGGAUUGAUUAUCUUCAUCCAGAUCUGGCCUCCAAUUAUAAUGCACAAGCCAGCUAUGAUUUCAGCAGUAAUGACCCAUAUCCGUACCCCCGCUAUACAGAUGAUUGGUUUAACAGUCAUGGAACCAGAUGUGCUGGUGAAGUAUCUGCUGCAGCAAACAACAACAUCUGUGGAGUUGGAGUGGCAUAUAAUUCCAAGGUGGCAGGUAUUCGGAUGCUGGAUCAGCCAUUUAUGACUGACAUUAUAGAGGCCUCCUCUAUCAGCCACAUGCCCCAAGUGAUAGAUAUCUACAGUGCCAGCUGGGGCCCUACUGAUAAUGGUAAAACUGUGGAUGGACCAAGAGAGCUCACCUUACAAGCCAUGGCAGAUGGUGUGAAUAAAGGCCGUGGUGGCAAGGGAAGCAUCUAUGUGUGGGCCUCUGGGGAUGGAGGAAGUUACGAUGACUGCAACUGCGAUGGUUAUGCUUCAAGCAUGUGGACCAUUUCCAUCAAUUCAGCUAUUAAUGAUGGCCGAACAGCUUUGUAUGAUGAAAGCUGCUCGUCAACUUUGGCAUCUACUUUUAGCAAUGGGAGGAAGAGAAACCCUGAAGCUGGUGUGGCUACAACCGAUUUAUAUGGCAACUGUACAUUACGCCACUCUGGAACAUCUGCAGCUGCACCAGAAGCUGCGGGAGUGUUUGCACUUGCGCUGGAGGCAAAUACGGAUCUGACCUGGAGAGACAUGCAACAUUUGACAGUGCUUACCUCCAAAAGAAACCAGCUUCAUGAUGAAGUUCAUCAGUGGCGGAGAAAUGGUGUUGGCCUGGAAUUCAACCACUUGUUUGGUUACGGAGUCCUUGAUGCUGGAGCAAUGGUUACAAUGGCUAAAGACUGGAAGACUGUACCAGAAAGGUUUCACUGCGUUGGCGGAUCAAUACAAGAGGCCCAGAAAAUACCAUCAACUGGCAAGUUGGUUUUGACUCUUACCACAGACGCUUGUGAGGGGAAAGAGAACUUUGUGCGUUACCUCGAACAUGUUCAGGCGGUUAUCACUGUGAACUCUACCAGGAGAGGGGACUUGAAUAUCAACAUGACAUCGCCAAUGGGAACUAAAUCCAUUUUACUGAGUCGGCGCCCAAGAGAUGACGACUCCAAGGUGGGCUUUGACAAAUGGCCCUUCAUGACAACACAUUCUUGGGGAGAAGACCCCAGAGGUACUUGGGUUCUGGAAGUUGGGUUUGUUGGCAUCCUGCCUCAGAAGGGAGUCCUCAAGGAAUGGACAUUAAUGCUACACGGGACUCAAAGCGCACCCUACAUAGACCAAAUAGUCAAAGAUUACCAGUCUAAAUUGGCCAUGUCCAAGAAGGAAGAGUUGGAAGAGGAAUUAGAUGAAGCAGUAGAGAGAAGUCUCAAGAGUAUAUUGAGCAAGAACUAGCGCUGCUUUGCAUGCCAAGCGGUCUCCUUUCCCUGUUUGCUUUCCUGAAGAUUUCCAUUAGGCUUAUUCCAGUUAUUGGGCCAAUCCCAAUACUAGUCCUACCAAGAAUAAACCCACUGAAAUGAAUGAGACUGAAGUUAAUGGUUGACUAACAAGUCUUGCUUAUUUCAAUGAAUCUAUUCUAGAUAAGACUAACACUGGAUUUAGCCCACUGUAUGUAGUUGAUUAUCCUAACUUUCUGAUUUUAUGAUUGUCUACAGUGGAAAAUUUUGAAUUCUGAGCCACAAAUAUAAUACUAUCAACCAACUACUUGGUUAAAGUGUAUGACUGUAACUAUCAUCAUGCAGAAUUGGGAUGUUCAUUGAAGGAUUUUGUUUGGCUUGGUGUGGUUUCGUUUUGCUUUGCUUUUUUGUUGUCAUGCAACAAGUAACAACCUACAAAAUUUUAAUGUGUUCUUCUAAUUUUUUUAUUUUAAGCUUUUGGACAGGUGAAUGUUCAAACUGAUCACUUGGAUUUGCUGAAAUACUGUCAUGGAAGUUACAGUAGUCGAUGAAAAACUCAGAUUCCACAAGGGCAAAUGAUACGUUACUUUCUUUAUGCUCUUUUUAAUGUUUACAUUUUUAUUCUGAGGUUUUAUACUACAGAUCCUUACCAUACUGCUGUCCCUUCUGAAACUACUUAUCUUUUUUGCAAUAAAGGGAAUCUUUGGGAUCCAAUAGCAGCUGGGGUGGGGGACAAUUUUCUAGAGGAAACAGAUGUGCUCCCCGGUUCUGGAUCAGAUUCUCUCAUAAAGUGGGAAUCUAAACAUAAAGUGACCUCUUUAAACACACAAUGUGCUGCUUGGCCUUAAUACAUGUUAAAAUAUUCUUGGGAUCAAAUGAAAUAGAUUUACACCUUGAGAGAAGUUUUAGGAUACAAGUUAUUGUGUUUGGUUUUUCCACUUAAGGUUGUCACCAAUUUUCUGUCGCUAAGCAUCACAGGACUCAAGAGGAUGUGUCUCUGACGUGUCGUGUGUGGGGUAAUCAAAUGUCUGGAACAUGAGGAAAAUUGUUCAUGCCUUUCUAAACUCUAAUCCCCAUCUAGAUCCUGGUCCAUAUUUAACUGACAGUAUAAUAACUAAUCUUUAUAGGGUAUGGCAAUGUAUUAACAUAAACAAGUAUCUCUCCAUUUUUCAUCACUACUCUUCUAUAUAAAUAAAAAUGUAAUGUUCGUUUGUGAUAUUCACAGAACUCAAAAACCACUGGGGGAAUUGACACCAAAUUUGGACACGAUACACCUAACAACCCAAUUUAUGUCCUCCACUAAAAAAAACCC